AUGCCAAAGCUAGAAAUCCCAGAAUUAUCAAAGCCAAAAGUCCCCGAGCUUAAAAAGCCAAAAGUCUCAACUAUGCCAAAAUCUGAAAUUCCAGAACUACCAAAGCCAAAAGUCCCUGAACAUCCAAAGCUAGAAGUACCAACUAUUUCAAACAAUGAAAUUUCAGAACUACCAAAGCCAAAAGUCCCCAAGUUUCCAAAGCUAAAAGUCCCAACUAUGCCAAAGCCUGAAAUUUCAGAACUGCCUAAACCAACUCUUCCUUCAUUCUCUCCACCUUACAAACCUGGAUUUCACCUUAUCACUUUUACUCCAUUAGAAGCACGUCGCAUUCUACAAACUCCUAGUUUCUCAACGUCAACUAUCCCUAGUUUCUCAACGCCCACUACCCCUAGUUUCUCCAAUACCCCCGGUCUUUCAAAGCCCUCUACCUCAAGUUUCUCCAAUUCUCCCAGUCUCUCAAAGCCUGAGUCCCCUAGUUUCUCAAAGCCCCAGACUCCUAGUUUCUCAAAACCUGAGACCCCUAGUUUCUCAAAGCCUGAAACACCUAGUUUCUCAAAGCCCAAAACUUCUAGUUUCUCAAAUCCUGAGACUUCUACUUUUUCAAAGCCCCAGACCCCUAGUUUCUCAAAACGCGAGACUCCUAGUUUCUCAAAGCCUGAAGCACCUAGUUUCUCAAAGCCCAAAACUCCUAGUUACUCAAAACCACAAACUCCUAGUUUCUCAAAACCUGAGACUCCCACUUUUUCAAAGCCCGAGACCCCUAGUAUCUCAAAAUUCGAGACUCCUAGUUUCUCAAAGCCCGAAACAUCUAGUUUCUCAAAGCCCGUAACUCCUAGUUUCUCAAAGCCCGAAAUUCCUAGUUUCUCAAAACCCAAGACUCCUAGUUUCUCAAAGCCUGAAACUCCUAGUUUCCCAAAGCCUGAAACUUCGAGUUUCUCAAAACCCGAAACUACGAGUUUCACAAAAACUAAAUCUCCUAGUUUCUCAAAACCUGAGACCCCUACUUUUUCAAAGUACGAAACUCCUAUUUUCUCAAAUCCCAAGAAUCCUAGUUUUUCAAAGCCCAAAACUCCUAGUUUCUCAAAAACUGAAACUCCUAGUUUCUCAAAGCCUGAGACACCUAGUUUCUCAAAGCAUGAGACUCCUAGUUUCUUAAAACCCGAAACUCCAAGUUUCUCAAAAACUGAAACUCCUAAGUUCUCAAAACCUGAGACCCCUACAUUUUCAAAGCCCGAGACCCCUAGUUUUUCAAAACCUGAGACUCCUAGUUUCUCAAAGCCUGAAACCCCUAGUUUCUUAAAGCCCAAGACCCUUAGCUCCCAAAACACUGAGGCUACUUUCUCAAAACCCGAUGCCCCUACUUUCUCAAAAUAUGAUGCCCCUACUUUCUCAAAGCCCGAGACUUUAACUUUUUCGGAGCCCGAAACCCCUAGUUUUUCUAAGCCUGAGACACAUAGUUCCCAAAAGCUUGAGACUCCUAAUCUUUCUAAAACCGAGACUCCUACUUUUCUCAAAAUGGGAGAACCCUAUUUUUCAAAGCCAAAUAUCCCUAAUUUCUUAGAAUCGGAGACUCCUACUUUCUCAAAACCUAACACACCUAGUUCUCAAAAAUUUGAGACUCCUAAUUCUCCAAAGAUCGAGGUCCCUGAUUUUUCAAAACCUGAAACCCCUAUUUUCCCUAAAUCCGAGACACCAACUUUCUCAAAUCCUAAGACUCUGAGUUCUUCAAAGUCUGAGACCCCAACUUUCCCAAAGCCUGAAAUCGCAAGUUCUCGAAAGCUUGAGACCUCGAGUUCUCCAAAGCCCGAGACCCCUAGUUCUCUAAAGUCUGAGAGCCCUAGUUUCUCAAAGCCUGAGAUGCCAAGUGCCCUAAAAUCUGAGACUUCUAGUUUUUCAAAACCUAAGACUCCAAUUUUUUCAAAGUCUGAGACUCCAAGUUCCCCAAAGUCUGAGACCCCUACUUUCUCAAAGUCAGAAAUCCCAAAUUCUCCAAACCUCGAGACCCCAAGUACCCCUAAGACUAUGACCCCUAGCUUUUCAAAACCAACUCCUAGCUUCUCAAUGAUCGAGACUCCUAAAUUUUCAAAGCCUGAUACCCCAAGUUUCUCAAAGCCUGAGAUCCCAAGUUCCUUGAAGCUUGAGGCUCCAAGUUCUCCAUCAUCCGAGACACCAAGUUUUUCAAAAUCGGACACUCCCAGCUUCUCAAAGCCUGAGACUCCAAGUUCUCCAAUGCCCGAGACCCCAAAUUCCCCAAAGCCUGAGACCCAUAGUUUCUUAAAGUCCAAGACUCCUAGUUUCUCAAAAUCUGAGACUUUAAGUUCCCUAAAGCCCGAGACCCCUAGUUCUCCAAAGACAGACACCCCUAGUUUCUCAAAGCCCGAAUUUUCUAGUUACUCAAAGCCUGAGACGCCAGGUUCCUCUAAGCCAGAGACUCCUAAUUUAUCAAAACCUGAGACACCAAGUUCUCUAAAGCCGAAGACUCCUACCUUCUCAAAGACCAAAACUCCAAGUUCUUCAAAAUCCGAGGCUCCAAGUUUCUCAAACCCUGAGACCCCUAUUUCUUUUAAGCCUGAGACUCCUAGAUUCUCAAAGCCUGAGACUCCUAGUUCCCCAAAGCCCGAGACACCAAUUUCUUCAAAGUUCGAGACUCCUAGCUCCCAAAAUCCUAAGACUCCAAGUUCCCCAAAGAUUGAGAAUCUAAAGAACGAGACAUCAAGUUCGCCAAAGUCUGAGAUCCCAAGUUUUCCAAAAUUUGAGACUAUUAGUUUCUCAAAACCCGAGACUUCGAAUUCUUCAAAACCUGAGUUUCCAACAACCCCAAAACAUGAGACUCCUAGUGUCUCUAUGCCUGAAAUACCAAGUAUCCCAAAGCGUGAGCUACCAACUACCCCAAAGCCCGAGCUCCAAACUUUUACAAAGCCUGAAUUACCAGUUGUUUCAAAUCCUGACAUUCCAAGUGUGAUAAAGACUUAA